AUGUCUUCUGAAUUGACGGCGUUAUUUCAUCUAGGGUUCGCCCACGUGCAAAACGACCAAGCGAGUCCCUCUCCUAGACCAGCAUCUCAUCACAGAUCGUCAUAUGCUCGCCUAUCGAACUCAGAGAGAAACCUUCGAGCAUGGAAAAGAAACGUUGAUGCUAUUAGCACUGCCUCUCAGUUGGGGCCCGUCUUCCGAGAGGCACGGCGACUCAUCGACAUUGAUGUUGGCAUGCGGCAGUCCGUCAUACAAACACUUGGUACUGAGAGUGGUUCGAGAUGUAUCAAGAAAAUGCUUGAACAGACCUUCGAAGGCCUGGACGGCUCCAGACAGGAACAACUUCUCAGAGCUCAGGUCAUCCCAAUCUUCGAAGUAAUUUCCCACCCAGAGGUCCUACCGUCUCCCGUCCUCGAGCAAGCGGUCGGAACCAUCUACAACUUUCUAUAUGGCAUAGGGGGUGUCAGUGCAUCACAACUCUUUGCCUACAUCUCAGACGUCUUGAAAGAUCGUGUAAAAGAUGAGAUCACCGCAUCCUGGUUGGAGGUUACUCUUUUGGUCUUCUCUCAGAUGGUCGAGCUCAACUCGGAGGCCCUCGUUCAAGAAUCCCUCAGAACCGUUGCCAAAGGAUUUGAGGAGAUCUUUCUCCCCUGGACGAGCAGUCAUACGGAGACCUCUUUACACCACCAAUCUCAAGUGCACCUAGAACGCCUCCUGAGACGUUUUAAUAUUGGUAGCUCCCUUCCGAGCAUCGGCCAAGAUAAUUCUCGAAAUGCCGUCGGAAAUUAUGAACCCUUUGUCAGUAAGUGCGACCCACCUGGGGGCCGCCAUGACAAUGAUCAUGCAGAUAUUUGUCGGAUCCGCAUCAUGCCAAGUUACCAAGAGAUCCUGAGUACACGAAACGAGUAUCUUCCCCUAUGCGAUCCUUCACAGUGGCAUCUACAUGGUCUUGAGGGGCUAUUAGAUCGCAACUUUCGUUUGUUGCGGGAAGAUACCAUCGGUCUUCUCCGUGAUGCCAUCCAUUCGGAAAUCAAGCUUUCAGGACAAUCCCAGAAAAAUAAGAGUCAACAGCGUACAAACGUGCACCACCGGGUGAGAAUCCUCAAGAUUGACUUUGACUCGAUGGCCGGUGUUCAAUUCGAGGUUGGCUUUCGUCAGCCUGCCAAUGUCGCUCCAACGUCGGCUACGAAGCGCGAAGAAUGGUGGAAAAUGUCUAAACGCUUGCAGCCAGGUGCUUUGGUAUGCCUCAUAACUAAAUCGAACUUUGUGCUUUUCUGUACCAUCGUUCAACAACAGCCAGAGAACAUGUCACAAGGACACGGCGCUAGAAACCAGCGACAAGAGAAAAAUCAUUUGUGCACUCUAUCGGAAGAUCCUCAAGUUGCACGCAUUACGGUGGAGCUGACCGAUGGGAGAAACAAGAAUAUCCAGAGUCUUAUUAGACAAUACACACAGCAAGAACCGUGCUCCGCUCUGGUGGAGUUUCCCGGUGUCCUUCUCCCAGCUUUUGAGCCGACUCUACGAGCACUCCAGACAUUAAAGCAGACCGCGAACUUGCCCCUGUCUGAACUGGUCAUUCCUCCUCGUCCUAGUACCUCCGAGCCCAAUACAGUCUCUCCUCCGCGCUAUGCCCUAAACCCGGGGUUCCGAUUCAAUCUCCGAUGCUUGACAAAUGAAGAUAGGGAUCUGUAUGUCUAUCCCGAUCAGCCAGCCGACUUACGAGCUCUGCGUCAGCAUUCCAGCCUCGACGAUGCACAGGCGACUGGCUUUGUCGAUGCUCUUCAACGAAGACUUGGAUUGAUUCAAGGACCACCCGGAACCGGCAAGAGCUAUACAGGUGUUGCUAUUAUCAAGGUCCUUCUUGCAAAUAAGGGCCCUGGUAUGGCAGACUUAGGACCGAUCUUAUGCGUAACAUACACCAACCAUGCUCUUGACCAACUCUUGGGUUCCCUACUGCAAAGCGAAGUCACCAAGCAAAUCGUUCGAAUCGGUUCGCGGUCCAGAUCUGAAUGUAUGGAGCCCUUUCAACUACGCACGCUCGCGAGAAAGUUUGACAAGACGAAAUUUGAAAAGAGCAGUCAAUGGGAGUCUCAUCGCUCUCUGGAAGAGUGUGCUCGUGAGUUUAAGAGCAUAGACCUGACGCAGAGAAUCACACCUGCUCGACUAAUGCAUCAAUUGCGCGAUCACCAUACGGAUCAUUAUAACCAGCUUUUCGGCACAGAUGAAGACAGCUUCAAAUACCAACAGAGCAUGAACAGCAAGGUCUUCAAUCGUUGGCGCUUUUCCGGUGGGAAAGCCGACGCCAAUCAUGUUCGAAAGGUCGAAGAUUUGAUUUCGGUCAACCUUACGCAGAUGUCACAUUUCGAACGAGAAGCUCUGUACCGACAUUGGCAGAUGGAGAUACGGAACGAGAUGGAAGAGAAAUUGAUAAAUAUUUGCGAGUCACAUAACACUACCAGACGUGAGCUUGAUAACAUUCGCAACGAAGUUGAUCUGCGAUGUCUCGCUCAAGCUGAUAUUGUUGGCGUUACGACGAGUGGUUUGGCACGGAAUCUUGAAAUGCUCCGGAGGAUGAAGUCCAAGGUUGUGCUAUGCGAAGAGGCAGGAGAGGUUCUUGAAGCCCAUGUGCUUACCACUCUUUUGCCAUCGGUCGAACAUGCAAUUCUCAUUGGGGAUCAUCUCCAGCUCCGGCCCCAAGUACAGAAUCAUGAAUUAUCGCGCGAGAACAAGAAUGGUGGUGAAAAGUACGCAUUGGAUGUAUCUCUCUUCGAACGCCUUGUCGAUGCAGAGAGCCCUAUGGGUGCCAAUCUGCCAUUCAGUACUUUGAAUACGCAGCGGCGUAUGCAUCCAUCCAUUGCUCAGCUUGUACGUGGCACAUUAUAUCCACAGCUCCAAGACGCAACAUCUGUGAGUGCAUACCCUGGCGUUGCUGGGCUUCGAAAGCGAUUAUUCUGGUUAGAUCACCGUGUACCAGAGGCAGACCCGUCAAUUGAGGAUGCAACAGCCAUAUCAAAAUGGAACGACUAUGAAGUUGAGAUGACUACAGCCCUUGUCAGUCACCUUUUACGGCAGGGAAAGUACAGGAAGGGUGAUAUUGCUGUUAUCACACCUUACCUUGGUCAGCUUCACAAACUACGACGCAGACUCGGCCAGUUGUACACAAUCGCUCUGGGGGACCGUGAUGAGGAUGACCUCAAUAAGGCUGGCUUUGACGAUGAUAUGACUCCAGACUGCACUGUAGUAAGAUCAACUCUGCUGCAGAGCGUGCGGGUUGCUACAAUCGAUAAUUUCCAGGGCGAGGAGGCUAACGUGGUGGUCAUCUCACUGGUUCGCAGCAAUCCGAAGAACAAUUGUGGCUUUCUGCGGACGCCGAAUCGAAUCAAUGUCCUUCUUUCUCGAGCUAAGCAUGGCAUGUAUAUCAUUGGCAACUCGAUGACGUCGAUGCAUGUUCCCAUGUGGGCUGAUGUCCUUGAGAUGGUCGAGCAGAACGGAAACAUUGGCACCAGAUUAGAGCUACAGUGCCCACGGCACCCGGACAGUGAGAUAACCGUCUGCGAACCAAACGACUUCCCACGUCUCUCCCCCGAAGGAGGGUGCAAUCUUCGAUGUGAGAGGCGUAUGUUAUGUGGUCAUGCAUGUGUGCAAAAGUGCCAUUCCGAAAUUCUACACAAUGCGGUGUAUUGCCUAGAACCUUGUCAGAGACCACUUCUGGGAUGCUCUCACCCCUGUCCAAACAAGUGCGGCGAUCAAUGCCCAAUCAAAUGCAUGAUGAAUGUCUUCCAGGAGGAUAAGCAGCUUGAUUGUGGUCAUUUGGCGCCUAAUCUUCCAUGCUGGCAGAGUCAGGACUUGUCAACCGUCCGGUGCGCUGUCUUGGUCAAGAGAACCGUUCCGGGCUGCAGACAUGAUGUUACCGUGGCAUGCCAUAUUGAUGUGACCUCUCCACAUUACAGAUGUACUGCUCAAUGUCGGGCACCGUUAGCCUGUGGUCAUUCGUUGCGAGACGCCAUGUCAUGGUUCAGCAGCGUGCCCACCCUGUCAAUCAGCCUGUGA